GAAACAAAAAUCUGUAAUAUUAUAAACACAAGAACUUUCCAAGAUGGUCACUUUCGAAGAAAACUUCACGUCAAAUAUUUAACAUCUGAAGGUAACAGAGAAGUUUUCUAGCUUCAUUUUCGCCUUUCGAUACUAAGUAGAUCACCAUGGCUGACGAUGCAGGACACAAGGCCAUGUUGUAUUUCUUGGAGAUAUUGAUGAAUAGCGCAACACCCUAUACCAUCAGUCAGUUAGCAGGGCGCUUUGGAAGUCGUAACUUUACACCAGACAUGCGACAAUGUGCAGGUGGGAAUGAAGCUGGUUUAAAGAAAUUCCUACAAAAAUAUCCAUCUUUAUUUGCAGUGAAUGGAAAUUUAGUUAGUUUGAAUGACGGAAGUAACGAUCUUGGAAAGUCUAAUUUUCGAGAAAGCAGCCCUGCAUCAUCAAAUCCCCAAGAAGUAUCUACUGAAACUGAAGCAGUUCAGUAUUUUCGCAGCAAAAUGCUCAAAAAAGGAGAACAAUGGAUGCCCACAGCAAGUCUAGCUGGACAUUUAUCACAAGCACCUCCUGAUAUCAGAGAAUGUGUUGGCCCACAGAAUGAGUUCAAACAGUGGAUACUAAGGCAUCCACUGAUAUUUGAAAUUAAAGGCGACAUGGUCGGCCUGAAAGACAAUAUUACAUACAGUGCUGUGAACCCUAAUGCCGAGCCAUUUCUUGAAGACAGUGCCUUAACCUCUCGUUUUAACCUAGAAAGAGAUCAAUUAUUAUUACAGAGUACACCUAAAUUAAAGAAAAGGCCUAAAUCAUUGGAUAUGUUGGAACCUAGGUCCCCACUGAUGUCACCAAGAUCACCCGCCAUAAAAAGUGCAAUGACUCCAGGUAGUGCAAAGUCAGGACCAACAGAAAUGACAGCUAACCAGUACAAAGCUGUCAUGUUUAUUAAAGGCAUAAUAGAAAAGAAAGGGGAUAUGAAAUUAAGCAGUUUAACUGGACAUUUUAGUCAAGCUCCUGAAAGUUUAAGAAAUACAAUUGGAUGGACAAAACAAGAUUUAGAAAAAUUUCUACUCUCACAUGCAAAUAUAUUUGUUGUAGCAGAUGAUGAGACAGUUUCUGUAAUUAAAAAUGCUCGUCUAAAUGUUUUCAUCACAGGCAGCAGACCACAAGCAAGUCCAAAACCAACUGUUACUGGCAGGAAAGGCCGUAUUUAUCAUGUUGCAAAACUCUGGGGUAUCAUCGAUCUUGGACGGCAUGAACAUGUAUUCAUCGAUCGGUCAAUAUUUGGGAAACACAUUGACGAUUUGAACAAAUUGCUGCACGUUGGAGAAAUGUGCUGCUUUGAUGCAAUUCCUGCUCCUAAAGGCAGUCGUGCAAGAUGGCGAGCAAUAAAAAUAUGGAAAGAGCAUGAAUCCAUUGAGGACUUGAUUGAGAAGGUGGCUACACAAUUACAGUUACCAUUGGAUGGUAUACCAUUUAAAGAGCCUCCAAGUCCUCUUACAAACAUUGAUGAAGAGAUGCGACAAAUAAUUCCCGAACUGAAUGACAGUACUAUUGCAUGCACCCCUGUCAGUGUUGGGGGUGUCAAUUAUGCUUUUGGAGAUGCAGCACCAAGUGGAGCAGGAAUUGUUCCAGUCUGGAAUUUCAAACAUGCUGAAUUGGCAGGUCUAAGAGAUGUUGAGGAUUUAGAUCUAAGUGAUGAGGGAGAAUCUCCAAGUUUAUCCAUGGUAGCAGAGCGUUAUUACAUGAACCGUUCAGUGCUAGGAGACAGUCCCCGAGAUGAUGAGGAUGAAAGCUCAACUAAGGAAAAUAAUGGUACAGUAAAUGGUGAAGUUGGAAAGGAUGGAAAAUCAGAAAAUACUCAGAAGAAAACAUCAGAAAUGGGAUGUCAAACUAUUGUAACAGGGGAGGUUCUAGCAACUCAGCUGUUUCAUGAAGAAUUUUAAGAGUUCUUCAUUUUAUGCAAUAUUUGUCAAUAGUCAAGACUUGUUUUAAAUGGUUUUGUGAAAGAACAUAUAUUAAGCAAUGUUUUAUGAUUGUUAUGCUAGUAACACUCUAUUGAAUGGAGGUUUCCACCUUAAUGACUUUAUAAGGGAACUUCUGAAGUUCAUAUCUUACUAUUGAUUACUUGUAUAUAUAUUUAUCUGUGUUCUUUCACAAAAUCUGCCUUGUUUUAGGGAUUGUUCUAAAUAUGCAAUAUCUUAUGAACAUAUGCACAUGCAAGACAGAAAAAAAAUAACACCUCUGAUUAAUGUUUACAAAAUGUGAUGAUUUGAUUUUGGAACCAAAUAUAUAUCUAUGAUGGUGCCAUCUCAUUUAUAUUUUGAAAAGAUGUUGCAUUUUUGGAAAUUCCUGCAUCAAAAUUGAGUGGGAACUGUGAAAUAGUAAUUGCUUCUGUGGAUUUAGAAUAAUUUGUGAUUGCUUUGGUUGAUUUAGAUGAAGAUUAUGAUAGCAUGUGUGGAUUUAGAUUAAGUUUGUGAUUGCUUCAGUGGACGUAGAUAAGUUUUUGGUUAGGUUUUGUGACUGAAUUAUUAGUUACCAGUUAUUUUCUUGGACAGUACUUCAGUCUGAGUCAGUGAGGAAUGUGUCAUUUCUAACGGUAUGCUUUAUGAUUUUGCCAAUUUGAUUUUGACUUAAAUGUGUAUAACUUACUGCCAUAUUGAAAGUAUAGUGCUUAUGAAAGGUCACUACAAAUAUAAAAGGUCACUACAAAAUGUACAAUUUCAUUUAAAAUUUAUCUGUCCUGUAGUUUUCUUAUAGAUCUGAUGAUAGUAACAGUUUCAA